UCCUCCUGUGACCCCGGCACGGUGUUGUGGAAAGGGCUUGAGGCUGAGAGGCCUACCGUCGCCACGGUCCAGCAGGGACCAGAAUGUGGAGGGAAGAGUUCAGGUGUGUGAGAACCUGAAGCAGACCCACAGCUGACCCCGUUCGCCGCCAUGAGUCAAAGUCCAGGGACCGGCCUGCGGGACGUGUUCCACAUCCUGCUGGAGGCGCCGCCGGAGCGCCUGCACAGCCUGACGCUGCAGCUGGGCGGGUCCCCGGAGGAGCGGGUGGUCUACGCCCUGUGCCAGGUGGUGCUGGGGAGGCCGGACCACGCCCUGGAGACCCUGCGGGCGCUGGAGGACCACUCCCUGGCCUGCCACCUGGCCGAGCGGUGGCAGGCCGGGCCCUUCGACCCGGACGGCUUCGCGGAGCACUGCGGCCGCUUCCAGGCGCUGACCGGGGAGACUUUGGAGGCGUUGGCUCAGAUCUUCAGAGUUUUGACGCAGCAGCGGUUGUGCGAUCAGCCGCAGAGAGAUCUGGCGUACAAGAGAGCCGUCUCCAGCGACUGCCAGAAGACCGAUGAGCUGCGCUACAGAGAGUUCGUAGACCAGGCCAAAGACGUGUGCGGGCCUCAGGUGUUGGAGUGGAUGAGCUCCUCCACGGCGCCGGGCUCUCUCUCCAGCUCACGCACACCUUCGGAUGGAACAAAUAGAACUCUAGAACUGUGUGAGAGUCCGGCGCCGAGCUCUCUGAAGACCAGCUCCUCCAUGCCCUCCUUCCCAACACACCUGGAGAUGAGCAUUCCUUCAACCAUCCCAUGCCGAGGACACACCUUAGCCUCACACACAUCAGGAAAUCACAACUUAAGCCUUCCAUCGCUCAGCAGGGGGCCAGGAGAGGAUCAGCCUGCUCCUGAGCGCUCUGCGCCGUGUGAGCCGGAGCCCAGAUCCCAGGAAUCUGCUCAGUGUUCAGCAAAGAAAGACUCAAACGUGGAUGAAACAUCAGCAGCCGUCAGCUGCAGCUCAAACCCCGCUCCCCAGAAAACAGACACCCAGCCACGCCGCGCGCAGCCUGCGGUGCCGGACGCCCCGCCGGCCAAGACGUUCACCACCAGAGACACGCAGGAGGCGGCGGAGGAGGAGGACGACGACACCUUUUACGCCUUUGUCAUCCUGCACGCGCCCGAGGACGUCGACGUGGCCGAGAGCAUGAAGGAGAAGGUGGAGGGAGUGGUGGGUGAGGACGGCGCCACCUUCUCCGGCGACUUCGCCAUCCCCGGACGGAGCACGCUGAAGUGCGUGGAGGACGCCAUCAACAACUCGGCCUUCACCCUGCUGCUGCUCACCCGCAGCUUCAACACCCGCAUGCUGGACGUGAAGACCAACACGGCCCUCAUGAACGCCAUCAACAACGAGCACAAGUACAACACCGUCAUCCCGCUGCUGCCGCGGGAGAACUGCAUGCCGCGGCCCAGCAUCCCGCUGGUGCUGCAGACCAUCGUCCCGCUGGAGGAGAACCGCGCCUUCGAGAGGAAGAUACAAAAGUUUCUGUCUCCGGCGAAGAUCAACGUCCACCGGAGGAAAUGGAGCGAAGAGCAGCGGCGGAAGAGGCAGGAGAGACUGAGGGUGUCUCAGAACACUCAGACAGACCCGGGACGGGCAGCGGAGCCGGCGCCGCCGGUCCCAGAGCGCUGGCCUCUCCCGCAGAGCAUCUGCAUCCAGAACGCCAAAUACAUCAUGAUCGGGAACGACUCCCAGAUGACGGUGAGCUUGGGGGACGGUGCAGACGGCCAGGACGCUGUCUGAACAGGCAUGGCAGCGUGA